CCUUGUCUUUGGUUGCUUGAUUUUGUCAGUGUUUUCCACCAUUCCUGAGCACACGAAAUUGGCCUCGAGUUGCCUCUUGAUUCUGGAAUUUGUGAUGAUUGUCGUCUUUGGUUUGGAGUUCAUCAUUCGAAUCUGGUCUGCAGGUUGCUGUUGUCGGUACAGAGGAUGGCAAGGAAGACUGAGGUUUGCCCGAAAGCCCUUCUGUGUUAUAGAUACCAUUGUUCUUAUCGCUUCAAUAGCAGUUGUUUCUGCAAAAACUCAGGGUAAUAUUUUUGCCACGUCCGCACUCAGAAGUCUCCGUUUCCUACAGAUCCUCCGUAUGGUGCGCAUGGACCGAAGGGGAGGCACUUGGAAAUUACUAGGUUCUGUGGUUUAUGCUCACAGCAAGGAAUUAAUCACAGCUUGGUACAUAGGAUUUUUGGUUCUUAUUUUUUCAUCUUUCCUUGUCUACCUGGUGGAAAAGGAUGCCAACAAAGAGUUUUCUACAUACGCAGAUGCUCUGUGGUGGGGCACAAUUACAUUGACAACGAUUGGCUAUGGAGACAAAACUCCCCUAACUUGGCUGGGAAGAUUGCUUUCUGCAGGCUUUGCGCUCCUUGGCAUUUCUUUCUUUGCACUUCCUGCCGGCAUUCUUGGCUCAGGUUUUGCAUUAAAAGUACAAGAACAGCACCGCCAGAAACACUUUGAGAAAAGAAGGAACCCAGCUGCCAACCUCAUUCAGUGUGUUUGGCGUAGUUAUGCAGCUGAUGAAAAAUCUGUUUCCAUUGCAACCUGGAAGCCGCAUUUGAAGGCCCUGCACACCUGCAGCCCCACCAAGAAAGAACAAGGGGAAGCAUCAAGCAGUCAGAAGCUAAGUUUUAAGGAGCGGGUGCGCAUGGCUAGCCCAAGAGGCCAGAGUAUUAAGAGCAGACAAGCCUCGAUAGGUGACAGGAGGUCCCCGAGCACCGACAUCACAGCCGAGGGCAGCCCCACCAAAGUGCAGAAGAGCUGGAGCUUCAACGACCGAACCCGCUUCCGGCCCUCGCUGCGCCUCAAAAGUUCUCAGCCCAAACCCGUGGUAGACGCUGACACCGCCCUUGGCACUGAUGAUGUAUAUGAUGAAAAAGGAUGCCAGUGUGAUGUAUCUGUAGAAGACCUCACCCCACCACUUAAAACUGUCAUUCGAGCUAUCAGAAUAAUGAAAUUUCAUGUUGCAAAACGGAAGUUUAAAGAAACAUUACGCCCAUAUGAUGUAAAAGAUGUAAUUGAACAAUAUUCUGCUGGUCACCUGGACAUGUUGUGUAGAAUUAAGAGCCUUCAAACACGUGUUGAUCAAAUUCUUGGAAAAGGUCAAAUCACAUCAGAUAAGAAGAGCCGAGAGAAAAUACCGGCAGAACAUGAGACCACAGAUGACCUCAGUAUGCUCGGCCGGGUGGUCAAGGUUGAAAAACAGGUCCAGUCCAUUGAGUCCAAGCUGGACUGCCUGCUAGACAUAUACCAGCAGGUCCUCCGGAAAGGCUCCGCCUCCGCCCUCGCUUUGGCCUCAUUCCAGAUCCCACCGUUUGAAUGUGAACAGACAUCUGACUAUCACAGCCCCGUGGACAGCAAAGACCUGUCCAGCUCCGCCCAGAACAGUGGCUGCCUGACCAGAUCAGCUAGUGCCAACAUCUCCCGAGGCCUGCAGUUCAUCCUGACGCCAAAUGAGUUCAGUGCCCAGACUUUCUACGCGCUGAGCCCCACUAUGCACAGCCAAGCAACCCAGGUGCCACUGAGUCAAAGCGAUGGCUCCUCGGUGGUGGCCACCAACAACAUUGCAAACCAAAUAAAUGCGGCCCCUAAGCCAGCAGCCCCAGCAACUUUACAGAUCCCGCCUCCUCUCCCAGCCAUCAAGCACCCGCCCAGGCCAGAGACCCUGCACCCAAACCCCACAGGCUUACAGGAGAGCAUUCCUGAUGUCACCGCCUGCCUUGUUGCCUCCAAGGAAAAUGUUCAGGUUGCACAGUCAAAUCUGACCAGGGACCGUUCCCUGAGGAAGAGCUUUGACAUGGGAGGAGAAACUCUGUUGUCCGUCCACCCAGUGGCGCCCAAGGACUUGGGCAAAUCUUUGUCUGUACAAAACCUGGUCAGGUCCACAGAGGAGCUGAAUAUCCAGCUUUCGGGGAGUGAGUCAAGUGGCUCCAGAGGCAGCCAAGAUUUUUACCCCAAAUGGAGGGAAUCCAAAUUGUUUAUAACUGAUGAAGAGCUGGGUUCGGAAGAGGCGGAGACAGACGCUUUCGAUGCCGCGCCGCAGCCUGCCAGGGAAACUGCUUUUGCAUCAGACUCGCUAAGGACUGGAAGGUCUCGAUCAUCUCAGAGCAUUUGUAAGGCCGGAGAAAGUACAGAUGCCCUCAGCUUGCCUCACGUCAAACUGAAAUAAGUUCGUCUUCUUUCUAGGCAUAGCAGUUCCUUUAGCCAUACAUAUCAUUUGCAUGAACUAUUUCGAAAGCCCUUCUAAAGUUGAAUUUGCAAGAAUCAGGAAGAACAUGAAAGGCAGUUUAUAAGCCCAUUAUCUUUUAAUUGCAUGAAAAUGCAUGUUUAGGGAUGGCUGAAAUUCCGAGGUGCAUCAACAUUAACCCGCUCAUUUAGUAACGUACCUUGAGUUAAUAAUCUUGAGAAAUCAAACACUGCUAAUGCUGUGGGAUGUAUGAAAAUUAGGCCACUUAGAAGAUUUUGACUCUCUAUUUUGAAAUUAUGGGAGUAAACACCUUCAAAUUUCAGCCAUUUCUGCUUUGCGAUUAAAUGCAAACUAUAUUUUCAAAAUUAGGCCAUAAUGUAUAUUUAAACACAAUGGCACUCAUCAACAGCUGCCAACAAGGUACCAAGUGAAGCAGAAUUUGGGAACAGUAGAAAUGGCUGCUUAUUUCAAGAUAUAUUGUUGCCAACCCAUUCCUUAUUCAGUCAUAUUAUUAUGAAUGUACUUUGAAUGUCAGUAUGUGUGCUUUUGGCGAUUUACUGCUGUGGCAAGCAAUUUUGCACAUCACUUUCAUGUUGUUCUUUAUGAUGAGAAUGUUCUUCAGUUAGAAAAUGUACAAAUCAUGAAAUUCAGGGCCAGUGGAGCAAAUAGACUGACUAUUUGACACAUUUGACGUUAUGGAAACAUAUUCCUCUAAUGGCUGGAAUCAACUUUAUAAGUUGUCAACUUCUACCCAAACAAAGGAAAUGCUGAUCAAUAGGAUGGCCAGUGUGGUUGGGCUGAGCUCUCCUCAAUGGCGCCUGCCUGCCCAGACUUGGCAAUGCUGCCCACAGAGAGGGGAAGUGUGAGAAGCCGUGCCCACUAAGCUGGUUCACAGGCAGCAUCCCAGGGACUGAGACAUGGGAGUGAGACUGAGAUGGGGAAGGCCUGAGAAGAACCGAGACACAACACUGGGAAGUCAGUGAAGUUCAAGAGAGUGACUUCCCCUCAAAGGGCAAUGAGAGGGAGAGAAAAAUACCAAAAUAAAAGAACUCAAUUUUUUUUUUUUUUAGAAAAUGAAUACUACUAAGAAAUUCAACUACCUAAACAUCUUAUUCUUAUAUAUAAACAGAGAAUUUUGCAAGGUAUUUAUUUUUUAAUAUGCCCUGAGUGUUUUCUGCUAUUAUGUAGUACAUUUACGUAUGAACGGCUAAAACGAAACCUCCUUUACUUCUUAUAGUGAACAUUUUCUAUUCUCCCCAAGAAUAUUGUCCCAAAUCUGAAAUUAUUGGUUCGGUUUCCUGGUACAGUGUAAGCAUUUAUAGUUAGAAAAGCCAGGUAACACUGGCAGGGUCUGCAAA